CACACACACGAGGUUCAGAUCUGCAACGCCGGUUCAAACUUGUGUUUAAGUUCACAAUUCUCAUGUGAUUCUGGACUUAUUUUUACAUCAUCAAUUGGAGUGAACGUCCGACGUUUUCAAGAAAAGACAGGGAUGAGUUUCAAUUCUUCUGGUCCCGGGGCUGGAGCAGGAGGCCAGAAUGCAGUGGAUCCUGAAAUGCAAGCAUUUAUAGAGGCAGAGGCUGGCAAAGCAAAAAUACAGCAGCAGAUCCAUAAACUAAACAAUUUGUGUUGGGACACUUGUGUGGAUAAGCCUCGUGACAAGUUGGACAGUCGUACUGAGUCAUGUAUGUGUAACUGUGUAGAACGAUACGUUGAUGUUGCCAAGCUCAUAGAACAAAGGUUUCAGCAGCGUGUCCAAAAGGCUGCAAGUGGAGGUUUUUAAUAUCUUGGCCAUUGUAAAGUGGAUUACUAAACUAGUAUAGUAUUGGUGUAGCACAGGCAGUCUGGCAUCCAGAUGUCUCCAAGGUUAACUGGUAUGUUUUCGUGAUGAAAAUCAUUCAUAUGAGCCCAUUAGGAAAACAUUUAUAGCAGACUUUACAUGUGUUUUACUGUGUUUAAUUAUGAUGUGAUUGAUGUAUAUGAAAUAAAAUUUAUAUAAAUAUAGAA